CGGCUCCACGUGGGCCCCGCUGAAGGGGCAGUGGAGUUCAACUCGCGGUGAGGCUUCUCCUCACCAGGUGUAUCGCGUGGCCAUGCCGUGGCGCGCCCUCCUGCUGUGGCCGGCCGUGCUGCUGCUGUCCCUGCUGCUGCGGCUCCUGCGGGGGCCCCUCCCCCCGGGGCUGGAGUCCCCCCGCCGACUCCGGCUCCUGGAGGCGGCAAACCUGCUGCUCGCCAGCCUGGCAUGGCUGGGCUCCAGGCUGGGCUUGGGGAGCCAGGUGCUGCUCAUGCGGCGUCUGCGGGAAGCCGCUCUCCGCCCGUCGCACGCGACCCCCGACGACCCCGCCGUGGCCGUGCGCAACACGCGCAUCGACGGCGUCCCCGUGCGCAUCUACACUCCCCUGCGAGCGGGUGGGGAGACGGCGGCCGAGACACACCGACCGCGACCCACCAUCAUCUUCUUCCACGGCGGCGGGUGGAUGUUCGGCAGCGUGGACAGCUACGACCACGUGACAAGGUUUCUGGUGAAGCGCACAGGAGCUGAGCUGAUAUCCGUGGAGUACCGGCUGGCCCCGGAGCACCCGUUCCCGGUGCCGCUGGGCGACUGCGUGCGCGUGGCGCGCUGCGUACUGGGUGGCGGCACCGUGGGGCCGGUGGCGCUGUGCGGGGACAGCGCGGGGGGCAACCUCGCCACCGCCGUGGCGCUCACGCUCGCCAGGGACGCACGCACGGGAGGGCGGCCCCUCCCCUCGGCCCAGCCGGUGGCGCUGGCGCUGCUCUACCCGUCGCUGCAGAUGAUCGACCUGAAUCUGGCGUCGCACGCGCAGAGCGACGCGGUGCCGGUGCUGUCGCGCGCGCGCACCGCCGCCUGCUGCCUCGCCUACAUAGGGGCACCGCAGGAGCUCGUGCCGGCCUUGCUGAAGGGGCAGCACAGCUCCCCGCGUCACCGCGCCGGCCUCCGGGCCCUCGUGCAGGAGGAGGAGGCGGCUUUGGCGCAAGGGGGCGGAGAGGGAGCGGCUCACGGGUUCACAGCCUCCACGCACGAGGAUCCCAGCGUGAGGAGGAGGAGGAUGAGGAGGAAGCUGAGAACGUCUCAGCCGGGAGGCGUCACGCCGUGUGGGGUGCCCGGCGUCACCCACGGCGCCGUGGGUGACGCUGGCGGAAAGGCAACGGAAUAUUCCGGUGAUGGAGGAGGUGUCGAUGGAGGAGGUAUCGAGCGUGGGUUUGACGGCUUCGCUAGUGGCGUCGGCGAAGGCGGUUACGGUGUGUAUGAUGCCUGUGAUGACGACGAUGGUGAUGAUGAGGAUGGUGGUGGUGUCGAUGACGUCGGCGAAACCGCAGUUGCCAACGAUCGUAACGCCGGCCUCGCCGCGGCCGACGGCGGCGCGGAGCGGCGGCGGCGGCGGCCUCCUCCCCCAGGCCUCUCCUGGAUGGCGCGCGCCUGCCUGGACCCCCUGCUGUGCCCGCUGGCGGUGGGCGACGGGUGGCUGCGCCGUCUCCCGCGCCGCCUCUUCGUGCUGAGCUGCGAGCACGACGUCCUGCGCGACGAGGCCCGGGCUCUGGCGGCACGCGCCCGCCGCUGCGGCCUGCGCGUCACGCGGCACCACGCGGCGCACGGCUUCCACGGCGUCCUCAACUUCUACGGGAGGGACGGGCGGGGGACGGCCGCGGGGUGGCCCGGCGGCGAUGGCGACGGCGGCGCCGGCGAUGGUGGUGGAGGCGGUGGAGUUGAUGGAGGUCUCGUUCGUGACGGUGGUGAUGGUGGUGGUCUUGGUGGAGCUGAUGGUCGUGUUGGUGAUGGUGGAGUCGGUACGGUUGAUGUUCACAGCGAUGACGACGAUGCUAGUGGUGGUGGUGGUGGACACACUCGUACCCGUCACAUCGCUGCCACCAAUGACAACAACCCUGCUGCUGCUGAUGGUGAUGAUGAUGAUGCCGACGAUGAUGAAUCCUCCGACCGUGCUGCUGAUGACGACGAUGACAGUGACGACGAUGACGGAGGUGGAGGUGGCGAUGGUGCCGAGCGGCCUACGGCCAGCGGGCCGUGCUGGCUGUGCGCGUGGUUCUGGCCGAGCCCCAUGUGCUGGCUCUGCUCGAGGCCCAUCAUCGCCUUCCGCUGCGGCGAGGAGGCCCUGGAGGCCACCGCCGCAUUCUUGCGACGCAGCCUGGCAGCCGCGGUCAGAGACAAAAAAACAAAGUGAACGGCGGUGGCAGCGGGGGGGG